AUGGCGAACCAGGCAAUGUUGGAAAAGCCCACUGGCGAGUACCGACAAUACCUACCAGACCUGAGCCUAAAGCGCUUCGAGGUGAUGUGCCAGCAAGAUGCGCACGAAUACGCCCACGACUUUAAGACCGGACACCAGCCGCCAUGGCUGCAUGCACUGUAUAUGCAUUGGUUGGAGCUAUUGCAGGAGCCAUUCAAGGGCGUGACCACCGACGGAAACGUCCGCCCAGGUCUAUUCACAUUACAAGACGAAGAUGUCCCCAUCCAACAAAUCGUGGACGCAACCAACGCAGUAACAGCCCAGCUAGACGACAAGCAACAAGAAGCCAUAAACUACCACAUCGACUCCCCCCACUGGCGCACAUGGUCAAACCCCGAAUUUCUCCUCGCGCACAAAGGCAUCCGGCUCGACGAAGUCAACUCGCAAACCCGCAACGCAGUAAUGAACGUGCUAAAGACAACCCUCUCCCCAGAAGGCUACGAGAAAGCCGUCAGCGCCAUGCGCAUCAACCACUUCCUCGGCGAGCUAGUCAAGUCCCCAGCAGUGAUGAACGAAUUCUCCUACAACUUCGUCCUCUUCGGGCGGCCCUCGACCACCAGACCGUGGGGCUGGUCCUUCUACGGCCACCACCUGUGCCUGAACAUCUUCCUGUACAAGGGCCAGAUCAUCGCCUCACCAUGGUUUACGGGCGCAGAGCCUAACGAGAUUGAUGCGGGUCCGCACGCUGGUACGCGCAUUAUGCAGAUCGAGGAGAAGCUGGGCUUGCAGCUGAUGCAAUCUCUUUCUGCGGAAUUGCAGGCUUCAGCGCGGGUCUUUGCUCUCAUGAAGGAUCCGGCUAUGCCGCCUGGGCGCUGGAACAAGGAUGAUCAGCGCCACUUGUGUGGUGCGUACCGGGAUAACCGGGAAGUGCCGUAUGAGGGCAUUCUGGCGUCGACGUUUAGUGCUGAGCAGAAGGGGCUCAUGUAUGGCAUUCUUGAGCAGUACUUGCUUUAUCUGCCGGCGAAGUCGCGGGCUAUCAAGAUUGAUCAGGUGCGCGCGCAUGAGGAUGAGACAUACUUCUGUUGGAUUGGGGGCUUUGGGGAUGAGGAUCCGUUCUAUUAUCGCAUUCAGAGCCCUGUGAUUCUUGUUGAGUUUGAUCAUCACUCCGGGGUGUUUUUGAAUAACGAGGAGCCGAAGAAGUUCCACAUUCAUACGCUGUUGCGUACGCCGAAUGGUGGUGAUUAUGGUCAUGCGCUCCGGCCGUUGAUUCCUGCUGUGGAGGGUUUGAAUGGUAAGGAGAUUGUCUGGUAG